UGAUGAACGAAAAGCGAGAUAUUUUGUCUACAAUAAUCGUUAGGCAAUAUUUACAAUGUUUUUCUUUUAUGAGAGUUAUAUCUAGUACUAUGUAUGUUUUAAAUUAUAAUUUUAUAUCAGACUGUGAGGUCAUUCUCACCAGUUCAUUCCUGUGGUAAGCGAAGGUUAACACCGUCAUGAGCAACGUGUUUGAUCCUGCUGUUGUACGUAACCAUCCGUCAUCAUGAGAAAAUUGUCACGCUAGCAUGAAAUCUAGCACGUAGCAUAUUGCACAUAGUGUCUGCGAAUUAAUAUGAUUUUAAUGUUUAUAAUGUAUCUGUAUAUAUUUGAGAUUAGGAAUACUGUAGAAUGAAGACAAAAAAAAAAAAAAAAAAUGCGGAAGAAUUAGCAUCGUGUAUGAUACUUCACUGGUUGCUGUAAAUUGACACAAAACGAUAUUUAAUAAAAUAAUAAAUAGACUUAAUAACACUAUAUAUAUUAAUAAGACUUUGAAGACAAAAGCAAGCGUUCAUUACCAUUAGUUGCACCAUUUCCGCAGAUGGUUCGCAAUUCUCGUACAUCGCCAACCGUGUCCUCACACAUUUCACAACCACAAAAAAAUAAAAUAAAAAAGGCAAUGAGAUAGAAUAUCUAUAUCUGCAGACCACCUAGCAUAGAACAAAUAAUCUCCUAUAAUAAUAAUCAAUGUGAAAAUACAAUAUGCUAUAACAAACAACACGAAAACUUAUGAAUGUCUGCUUGAAUGAAAACGCGAUGUGGCAAGCCUGUCCGCGUACACUACACACGUUGAAUCAAGAAAAGAGUCGUGGCCGCCCUCAGCGCCUGUUCCAACCCGUAGCGACACUUCUACGAUCACCAGUUUCACCGUGUGCCUUUGCAGAGAUUGGCACACGAUGUGGCCACCACUUCCGAGGUAUAAUUGAAGAGUUGAAGAGGGUGGAAUCCAGGUGAGGAUGUGAAAAUGCCACCCGACCUGUCAGAGGCAGAGCGGCCACUGGCUGUGUUCCCCCCCGAGAGCAGCCGGGAGACAACCUGUGAUAACCCCCCACCUAGACUUGCGGCUGAAUGCAUCACCAGCAGCAUUGGUAGGGGUGUGCCAAGGGAAGAGCACCACCCCUUACCCAGACCUGCAGCUGAGAGUGCGGACAGCAACACUGGCAAAGGCGGUGGGGGGCAGGUUCAUCAGCCCCAAGGUUGUGAUGGUGGAUCUAAAGUGGGAGAUGGUGCGAGUGGGUUACCUAACCAGGGUGGGGAGGCUCAGGUCACCUCACCCAGUGUGCCAUUGUACCGCCUCUCUCCUGCUCUCAGAACCACCUUCACCUCAGUGGGAGCCACCGAUAAAGCCUACCCAUUCAAAGAGAUUUUGUUGAUGUUAAAACACUACCUGUACAGUAAACGACACCUUUUUGACCCUGAUGAUAUCCUUUUCGUAAACUGUGGUGACGAUGAACUAGGAAGAACGCUAGGCGUCAGCCGUUUCCAUUAUGAUGAUGUGAAAUUGUUGAUGGCCAAGCAGAUUACACGAGAGCAAACAAGGCUUGUACAAAAUACAUUUACUCAGCAGCCACCUGAUACCACAGGUGUAGACAUUGCAAGAACACACGGUGUAGUUCUUGAUAGUGAAACACAGAGAGCAGUUGAUGUGUGUGAAGAUAGGACCAGUAACUGUAGUGCAGUAAAUGUCAUAAAAGGAGAGAAUGGAAUCAAUGGCAGAACACACCUCCCAGGACUCAACACAUGCAUAGUUAGCAGUACCACUACUGCAGAAAGCAGUAGCAGACUUGUAUCUGACUCAACUUCAGCCACUGUGAGUCCUGUGGCUGGGUCCUCAAGACAAAAUUCAGAAAAUGGCUUUGGAGGAAGGAGACGGCACAGGACAAGAAGCAUAGCCUCUUACUCAAUUUGUAUUCCUGACAUUCCUGAUAGUAAUUCUGAUGUGGAGUCCAUUUACAGUUAUCAAGGCUAUGAGACAGCCUUUUGCCGGAACACUGAGUUUGAGGAAAGUGAGGCAGGGGAUGAGCUGUUUGAGGAGUAUGAGAUAGCAGAUGAUGAUGAUGAUAUCCAAGAACAGGCUCAUUCUGAUGAUGAUGACUCUGUGAUUGAGGAUGUUGAGGUAACAUUGAUAGCUAUCCAUGCUUUGUGUCAAGACGAUUCGGAUGAAGAUUUUUGGGCUGAUGAUUCAGACACAGAGGACCAAUCAACAGAUGAUGAUCCAGAGCUAGUUGCAGAACGCUGGGAUUGUCUUUCAUGUGGUCUCAGAAACAAGCCAUUUGUGCGGUAUUGUGGGAAGUGCUGGCAGAUAAGGAAAAACUGGUUACCAGACAGACCCAAAAAACGCAGGAGGAAAAGGAAGCCAAGGCCAAGAAAGAGGUCUAGGUUACGAUCAGAUUCAGUCAAGUCUGAAGAUGUGAACUUUCUUCAAAGCAUGCCAGAGACAAAUGAAAAACAGUCAACAACAUCUUUUACAAGUGAUAGUAGCCAAGAAGUUCAGGAUUUUGGAGUUUUAACUAAAACACUUUCAACAGCCUCAACUAUCUCGGUCAGUUCAUCACCUGUAAGAAGUCUUUCUAUAGAUCUUCAUAGUUCACAGGAUUCUGGGGUCUGUCUUUCCCAAGACAGUUUCAUAGACUUCAUUCCCGAGUUCAUUAUGGCAGACAAUAAAAAAAUAGAUAAGCAGACUGACACAGAAAUUGAAGAGACAAUUCAGUCAGGCUCUACAGAAAAGCAGCCAAACACCAGUGAAAACUUGAGCACAACCUCAGCUUCAGUCUUGAAAGCAGGAGAAACCAAAGAGGAUUCACAGAGUCGAAAGCGAAAAUCCCUGCCUGCAGAAGAGGAAGAAGGUAAACCCUCCAAGCGAGCUAAACUAGAAUCCUCAAGUGAAGAAGAGAGUGAAGAAGAUGUGGAGGAGCAAGCAAAGAGCUUCUACCAAUUCUUGCAAUCCAGUUCUGGGAAGGAAUGGUUGAAAUCACCAGACAGUAAACCAUUCCUUUCAUCUGCACCUGUUAAGGAAGCCCUGAUGGAGGCUAUAGUGGCAAAUAUGAGUAGUGGGUCAAGUACGGAUGUCCAGGAACCACCAUCAGGACUGUCUAUCAUGUGUUCAGUCUGUUUUCUGAGACCAAAAAAUGCAUCAAUUAUCCAUGGCCGCCUUUCUCAUCAGGCCACAUGUUACCAGUGUGCCAGAAGACUACUGAACAGUGGUUCAAGAUGCCCAAUAUGUAAACGAAAGAUUCACAUGGUUUGUAAAAAUAUUAUUGCAUAGUAAUAAUCUUACAAGAUUUUGUAAAAAAGUAUA